AUGGGGGGUGACAGUUAUCCUCCGAAGCUAGACCUCUUUUCCAUCCCCAACUUUCGACAGACGUCGACUUGGCUGCAGCAGCUGACGCAGGAUGCGUCCGAGACGCCCUUCUUCACCAAGCAUGCUGAGGAGCGCGCCGGCGCGCAGGAAAUAGCCGACUCAUCAUCACCCUCGGCUCAUGAGGGUGUCUUGGCCCCUUCAUUGUUCUCCUUCGCUCCCGUCGCCCUCGAAUCGGGUGGCUUCUUCAAGCUGCCUCCGCUGACGAUCGAAGAGCCCGUACAGCGGAACGCGCCAUCGAGUCCAGUCCCCGAAAGCGAGAAUCAUGGCCAAGCUGAGGCCGGUGCCGGUGCCGAUGCCGGUGCCGAUGCCGAUGAGGGGGCUCACGCCGAUGCAUGGAUGGAGCUGGAUAGUCCCGCGCAUCCAGUCGUCGGCUGCAGAACGUGGGAUGCCUUCAACCGGGGCCUCGCUUCAACCCAUCAGCCGCCGAUGCUGAUCAGCGAGGCUGGCCCGGCAGCCUACGACGCUUUGCUCACCUGGAACACGGAUCCUCUUGAUCUCGAGAACUUGGACGUUGCCAUUGUCGACACGCAAGCCUACUUUUCCUCCUUGCUGGCCCUCGCCCUGGGCCGCGAUUCCCUCCUCUUUCGCAAGGACCACAAGCUCGGGGUUUUCAAGCCGGCCAUGCCGGCCAUGCGCAUUUCCGGCUACUCUCGCCAGAUUCUCCAGGGCCUGGAGAACCAAGCUCACUGGUGCGGCUCAACCCUUCUGCAGCUUCGGGCAUUUGUUCGAUCAGCCUACACCGCAUUCUCCUCGCGCUGCGGCGUCGCCCUCGCGAGCAGCAUCGGCCAGAUCAUCCAGGCUGUGGAGGAGCAUGUCGCGACCGACAGGCGCAGCGCCGGCCCCAGCUCGCUAUUGCGACUCCGCUCUACCAUUCAAGAGGUGUCGGCAGUGCUGAAGCAUUUCGGACGGCUCGUCAAACGGCUUCGUCCCGAGAGCUGCGACGAGGAUGUCUUGUCUCUCGUCUUCAACGCCGCAUCAUCGGCGGACGAUGGCGAAGCCUACAUCCGACACAUCUUCCGCGAGCUUCUGCGUCGUGUCUCUGUCCCCUGGAUCGAGAUGGUGGAGGAAUGGAUCGGCACCCGGCGAGAGACGGGCAUUCCGCUGACGAAAUCCAACCUUGGACAGGCCAGAGGCUUCAUCAAGGUCAAAACAGACGUCUACGUCGAUGACUUUGGGCGCGAGAUAAGACACGUCGACUUCCAGCUGGCUCAUGACAAAGUCCCCAGUUUCAUGCCGGUCGACAUCGUCGAGUCAAUCUUUGAGACGGGUCGGAACCUGCGCUUCAUCAGGUCAUUUCAUCCCGACAACUCGCUCGCCCGUCAAGCCGUCAUCGAGUCUUGUCGGCCACCCAAAGUUGAAUGGCUGUACGAUUGGCACGCGAUACUCGACCUGGAGACGCGAGUGUCUCGAUAUCACGACAACCUGCGCCGUGCCAUGCAAGGGUGCCCCCGCGAUCCGCCUGAGCCGACCCCUUCCGUCGACGGCAGUCCGACAGAGCCCGGCUCGACACCCAUGCUCGACAUUUUCACCCUCGACCAGAGCGCCAUGGAGGAGCGGAUGCAAGCGUCGAUUGAUCGGUUGGACCAACCGGUCGUCGACCUGAACGCGGACGAUUCCUUGGCACGGAUUGUGCAAGGUCGGCUUGCGGCUGGCCAUGGCUAUCGCUCCCUUCCAGCUCGAUCCGACCCGAUGCCGCACUGGUCCCUGCUGCCCGUUCUUUCAUUCGGCUCCGUCGUCUCUUCGCAGGCUCGCAUCGUCGGCAAGGAGAGCGUGCGUCUUCUCUUCGCGGCCCAUGACCUCCGUCGGCACCUGAAGCUGCUGCGAGACUUCAACCUCUUGGGCAGCGGACUGUUCUGCAGCCGUCUAUCGCAUGCGCUCUUCGACCCAGAUCUCGAGUCGGCGGAGAGGCAACCGGGCGUCGCCCGGCAAGGAGGAGUCAUGGGCCUCAGGCUCGGCGGCCGCGACACGUGGCCUCCUGCGAGCUCGGAGCUGCGCCUGGCACUGAUGGGUGUCCUCGCCGAAAGCUUCGGCGCGCAGAAUGGCCGAGAGCCGGACAAGGUCUCCCUUUCCGGCCAGUCCUGCCGCUUGCCGGGGGACUUGAGUUUUGCCGUCCGCGACUUGUCGCCCGAGGAGAUGGACAGGUGCAAGGACCCACGCUCACUCGCGGCCCUCGACUUUCUGCGUCUGUCCUACAGCACGCCGUCGGAGCUGCUGGACAUGAUCAGCCCGGCGCACCUGGCACACUACGACGUCAUCUUCAAGCUUCUGCUGCGCCUGCUGCGGAUGCUCUACCUCGUCAACCAGCUGCAUCGCGACGCGGGCACCAGAGCCGGCGCGUCGACCAGCCCGAGCAGCGCAUCCUGCCGCUUUGCGCGAGAGGCCCACCACUUUGUCUCCAGCGUCGCCUCCUACUUUUGGGAUACGGGCAUCGCCGUGCCCUGGCGGGCCUUUGAGAGGAGGUUGGACGUCCUGCAGGCUGGGCUGGACAGUCCUGACGAUGGCGAGACGGCGACGGCGUUGCCGAGCCCCAGCCAGCUGCGGGAGCUACAUGGCCAAGUCCUCGACCGCAUCAUGUAUGCCCUGUUCCUGACUACGCGUCAGGAGCCCUUCUGGAAGCAAUUCUUCGAGGCCUCGGCCAACGUCUCCCUGUCGGGCUACGAGGAGCUCGCAAACGACGAUGAGAGUGCCCUGGCCGAGGACAGCACGGCCAUGGAGGCAGAGACGACGGCAGACUGCUACACGCCACGGCCCGAUGAUGGCGAUGAAGAUGACGACGACGCGACGCGGACAACGGCGGCCGAGUCGACACUUCGCGGAGAUGAGUCGCUACUGGACGACGGUGAACUUACGGGGAGCACCCCUCGUCCGCCGGCGACCAGGACAAUCCGGGCGCAGCUGUCGCCCCUCGAGUCGCCGUACGAGAAGAUGAAGCGCGAGAUGAAGCGCGAGGAGAAUGACGGAACCACGGUGCUCGAGGAUGAGGACUCGACUGUCUUGUUUGCACAGCGAACCGCACGCCUCCCAGACAUGUCGAUGACGCCGCGUGGAGCCCCGGAUGAGGCGACGGCGGAGCAGUCGAUCCGGCGACACAAGGACCCGCUGCUGCACCGCGUCCUCGACAAGAACUACCGGCUUCAGACGACACCUCACAAGAUGCAGUACCGCAUCUCGCCGCUGAAACGGACGAUGGAGAAGGAGAAGGUCGCGGAGAAAGCUCGGCCGUGGCAGGAUUCUCCGGCAUCGUCUCCGGAGAUGGCGAUCCCGACUCUGCGCAGCGAGGCCUUCAUGUCGCCCUUCAAAGCCAACUCGCGACGGCUUAACCCGACUGCGAGGACGCCUGGGGUGAGCGUGCAGACGCCGGCGACGGCGAGGAAGACCCGCGACGUCUUUUCGACCAAGAUGGACUGGGAGAGCGACGAGGGGGACGACGACCAACUCUACGGCGGCAUGAGCCCGCCCAAGACGAUCCAGUUCGCUCUGCCGCCCUCGAAGCUGCUCCAGACACCAGCGAGGGAAGCGAGCCGGCGAAUCGUCGACGACAUACUGGUGGAUGCCGGUGCGGAUCCGGCAUCGUCCGAAUACAGUCCCACCAUGGUCAAGAUGAACGAGGAUAUUCUCAAUGACAGUUUCUAG